AUGGGGAAGCCCUACAGCGCCUCGCCUCGGAAUGCGGAGCUCGUGGAGUUUGCAAGUCCAGAACUGCGUGCAGACGUGCGGCUGGUGAAGUGGGCGAUGGGCAUGAAAGACACCCGUCCUGGUGAGAUAAACACCAAUGUGGAGGAGUACUUGGAGUACAACUCCCUCGCCACAUCUCGCCUGCCUCAGCCGAACACUCUUCGGCACGCUACCGCGAAGGUGCGCGGCAACGACUCCGACCUAAUGCUCCAUGCGAUCCUGAUGUAUUGGUUCGCCGCCGAUCACCUCACUCUGCCCUUGCGAGACUCGAAGCCGUUCUGGCGGAAGGUCAUCGAGCAAAGCCCGGCCACAGGUUGGCAGGCGUUCGGAAACUAUGCCCCCGUGGUGCUCCGAGAGGACGAGGAGCUGAUGGAACUGGCGCUCUCUUUUGAUCCGCUAGCACUUCAGUUUGCCGGCCCUUCCUUGCGGAAGAGUCGCCCCUUCAUCCUAGAGGCCGUCCGGAAGGACUGGCGCUCCCUCCGCUGUGCCCCUGAUGUCUUCCGCGCGGAUACGGAGAUCCUGGCAAAAGCGGCGAUUCAGACGCUGGAGGCGCUAGACUAUGCCUUCGACCUCGCCGCUGCCGAGGCUCGCCCAUCGACGAGUGCGUCAACGAAGGACGUCUGGGAGAGCAUCCAGGAAGCGGAGGAGAAGGAACGCCGCGAGAAGGAGCUGCAGCAGGAGUGGCGGGAGCUGCUCCUCCUGCUCUCCGAGACCCACGGGAGAUCCUUGGAAGCAUCGUUUUAG